CAGUAGGGCGGGAAGUUAUGAAACAUACUUAACAUGCUUAGUACGAAGAAAUUUUUCAGUUCAGUGAAGAUAAAUACGCUAGUUUCUAGGUAUUUUCGCAUUAGAAGAUUUCAAAUACCCAAUUGCACCAAAAGCAUUUCCGGAGCCCUGAUCCCAUUAAGCCGAACAAGUAAGCCUAACACCAGAUAUUUUCACUAUCAACACCAGAUCUACAAAAUGGUACGAAGAAUGAUGAAAAGUGAGCACAUAAGCAAAACAGCUGACAGCUCCAGGAAUGAGAUAGUUUCCUUGGCAACAGUUGUAGGUUUGAGAGAUGAAACAAAGACAGUGAAGUCAGUAACUUUAAAGGUAGAAGACAGGAGACUCAUCUUCAAAGCAGGACAAUGGAUAGAUAUGUUUAUUCCUGGUGUGGAGACUGUUGGUGGCUUCUCUAUGUGUAGUUCACCUUCUAAACUACUGAAAGAACAAUGUAUGGACCUAGCAGUAAAAUAUAGCAAACACCCUCCUGCUCACUGGAUACAUACACAGUGUAAAGAGGGGGAUCAAGUGAAUAUACGUGUUGGAGGAGACUUCAGUUUUGAUGCAGCAGUACAUAAAGACGUUGACCUACUCCUUGUUGCUGGAGGAGUAGGUAUAAAUCCCUUGUACAGCAUCAUCAAUGAACUGGCUGAUUUGAAUCAGGGCGACAAUGCUAACAAAUUUACAGGAAGAGUUAUACUGCUCUACAGCGCAAGAACUGUUGAUGAAUUGGCUUUUAAGGAGCAGUUGAAUGAAAUACACAGCAACAAUGAGAACAUAAUGUGUCAGUUCCAUGUGACUCGUGAAGGGGACAUUUAUACCAGAAUAGGAAAUGUUUUUCUACUGGGUCAGAGAGUGGAGAAAGGAGCUUUAUCAACAUGUUUUGACUGGCUGAGAAAAGAAAAAAUACAAGUUUAUAUUUGUGGACCUUCUCAUAUGAUUGAAGAUGUUGAAAAUACUUUGUUAGGUCUGAAUGUAGACAAAAGUUGUAUAAGAUAUGAAAAAUGGUGGUGAUGCUUGUUCUUUAACAUUGGCCUGCAGACAUCAGGCAUUAAUAAUGAUAAAUGCUGAUGUAUUUUUAAAUGCAUAGUUGUUUAAAAGAGUUACUUUGACAUGUAGUCUGUAAUAAAAAGUGAAAAUAAAAUGUAA